CACUUCUUCAGGAUAUAUCAUAUCAAAACAUAACCAUGUCCUUACUCCACAUGUAUAUAAACACACACAACCCUUUAAACCUUCACAAACAUCUCAAACUAAAACCAUAUCAUCAUACCAUACAUUUAAGUGCUAGCUAGCUUAGCAAGUGCUUUGAAAAAUAUAACAUAUAUACUAUUAUUUGAUAUGGAUCGUGUGUCCAAAUUGGCGUCACAGAAGGCGGUGGUGAUAUUCAGCAAGAGCUCAUGCGGGAUGAGCCAUGCAAUUAAGAGGUUGUUUUACGAGCAAGGCGUGGGCCCUGCAAUCUAUGAGCUUGAUGAGGAGUUGAGAGGGAAAGAAAUGGAGUGGGCUCUUAUGAGACUAGGGUGCAACCCUUCUGUUCCUGCUGUGUUCAUUGGUGGAAAGUUUGUGGGUUCAGCCAACACGGUUAUGACCCUUCACUUGAGUGGCUCGCUGAAGAGAAUGCUAAGAGAUGCUGGUGCUCUCUGGCUCUAAUUGACAACAUGAAAUGGAGCUCAUGAUCUAGCACAAUGCGAACACCCAAACACAGCCUUAAGAUCGAGAAGCUGAUUUUGUUGUAUUUUGAUGAACCAAAGCCCUUUUUUUUACUGGCGGCUUUUAGAAUCUCCAUUGUACCGGAAUAAUCUUUAUCUUUAUAGAGUGUGCUCUGUUUAAUUUUGAAUCUUAUACUUUUUUAGUGCCA